AUGGCAUCAACACUCAAGCCAAAAGAAAUCAAUUUCGAUGAAUUAUGGCCGGAAUUACUGAGUACUGCUCGUAGUGUGAUCAAUAUGAGUCGAUAUGGUCAUACUGAUGUAUCGACAUGGCAGAGUCGAUUUUUUGAUAUCUAUAAUCUAUGUGGAGCUACUCCAGAAUCGUAUGCCGAACGAUUAUAUGAAGAAACAAAAACAUUUCUUGAAUUACAUUGUCGAUCUAUGAAAGAAGACAUAUUCAAAUCAGAACAAAAUAUACUCAGCAUCUAUACCAAAUACUGGAUUGAAUAUAAAAUGGGCGCUGGACAUUUAAAUAGUCUUUACGCACAUUUAAAUAAUAUACUUGUGAAGAAGCAUAAAAUUACUGAUUCUGAAACGAAUAUGUAUCUUGAUUAUCACAUCGAAUUGCCAGAUGAAUCGCCAGUCGAAAUUGGCGAGAUGGCUCUUGAUUGUUGGACAAAUGUCAUCAUAGAACCUUUAAAAGAACGGCUUGUUAAAUUAAUUCUUGAACAAAUAAAUCUUGAUCGGUUAGGAGAAUGUGUAAAUCAAACAACAAUAAAAAAUGCGAUUAUGUCAUUUGUUGAUGUUUAUCAAUACAAACGAAUUAAUGCACUACAACUCUAUGAAAAAACGUUUGAGUCUCAUUUUCUUCAAGGAACAGGAGAAUAUUAUCGAGAAGAAGGAAACCGCUGUAUAGCUAAAUUUGAUUGUAUUCAAUAUAUGAAAAAAAUUUUAUUAUUAAUCGAUGAAGAAGAAUUUCGUAGUCGUAAAUUUCUUAAUUCAACAUCAUACAUAAAAGUAAAAAAUGAAUGUCUUCAACGUCUUGUUUGUGAUCAUUUUGAUACAUUAAAAAAUGAAUGUAAUGAACUUAUAAUCCGAGAAGAUUUCGAUGCUCUUAGAAACAUGUAUAAAUUACUAGUACCAACACCUAUUGGUACAAGCUACAUGGUUGAACGCCUACAACAGAAUAUUGCUGCUAUUGGUCAUGAGAAGAUUCAUUCACUUAAGGGAGAAAAUUUGCAAACAUUAUUUGUUGAAAAUUUACUUGAAUUACAUGCAAAAUAUUUAAAUGUAAUACGAGAAACAUUUGCUAAUGAUCCAGAUUUUAUUUCAUCACUUGAUAAAGCUUGUGCUAUGGUUGUGAAUAUGAAAAAUGGAAAUAAUCUUUCAGCUAAAGCAGCAGAAUUGAUUGCACAUUAUUGUGAUAAUCUACUACGAAAAUCAUCAAAAAUAUCAACUGAAAGUGAAAUAGAAGAAAAACUACUUAAUGCUAUUAUUAUAUUUAACUAUUUGGAAGAUAAAGAUUAUUUUCAACGCUGUUAUCAAAAGAUGCUUGCACGUAGACUUAUUAAUCAACAUUCCGCUUCUAUCGAUGCCGAAGAGUUUAUGCUAACAAAACUUAAGGAAUCAUGUGGUUAUGAAUUUACUGCAAAACUAGCUCGAAUGUUUCAAGAUAUUAAAAUUAGCGAUGAUCUCAAUGUGAAAUUUUUGGAUUAUCUCAAAUCGAAAUCAAAAUUAUGCGUACAAAAUCAGACGAUGCCUGAUUUAGUUGGACUUGAUUUUAAUAUGCACGUCCUACAAGCCAAUUCAUGGCCCAUAUCUCAGUUGAUGAAUAAUACGUUUGUAAUUCCUCAACCGAUGGAAAAACCUCUUCGUUUGUUCGAAGAAUUUUAUAAUAAACAAUAUAACGGACGAAAAUUAUUUUGGAUAUAUCAUUUAUCCAAUGGUGAACUACGUAUCUCUAUGUUGGAUCGUUCAUAUUUUGUUAUCAUGGGUACAUAUCAAAUGGCUAUAUUAUUAUUAUUUAAUCAGCAUCAACAUUUAAAAUUGAAUGAAAUUGAAGAAGCAACAAAAAUCAAUAUGAAAGAAAUUAUAAAACAAAUAUUACCUUUAAUUGAAAAUAAAUUUUUGAACAGCGAGAGUAUUGAUUUGAUUGAAACAUCAUUGAUUUCAGUAAAUUUCGAAUUUAAAAGUAAACGAACUAAAUUUAAACUUCCUUUAGUUACACAAAAAGAAACGAACCAAGAUUCUGAAGCAACCCAAAGAAAUUUGGAUGAAGAUCGAAAAAUUUUUAUUCAAGCUAUUAUUGUACGAAUAAUGAAAUCAAGACAAACACAGAAACAUAACUUAUUAAUAGAAGAAGUUAUAACACAAUCAAAACAACGGUUUUUACCAUCGAUUCAUCUGAUUAAAAUAUGUAUUGAAAUUCUUAUUGAUAAACAAUAUCUCGAACGAAAUUCAACAGAUGAAUACAAAUAUAUUGCAUAA